GACACCUCGCAGUGCCCUCUACUUGGUCUGCAGACUUGGUCAGGUCUAGGUGCUGGAGGAUACGCAGGCAGGCUAGCGGCAACAUCUCUGAGCUAGAUAAUAAUUUGUGCACUACACCCUGGAACAGAAGUCAGAGUCCAACAGGAAUCGCCCACAGAAGAGCAAAAAUGGGAGUAGAGAAAAUGGAAAUGGAAGACACCGACUGCACGCUCAUGGAGAAGGGCAAGAAGUCGCCUGCGCCCAGUCCACCCAACAAAUAUGAGAAACUGUUCCAGCCAUGCCUGGCCGAGAUAGUGGGGACCAUGUUCUUUGUUUUCAUCGGCUGUGUGUCCGUCAUCGAGAACGUGCCGGCAGCUGGUCGGCUGCAGCCGGCUCUGGUGCACGGACUGGCUGUGGCAGUGUUGGUGGCGGUCAUGGAUAACAUCAGCGGCUCCCAUUUCAACCCUCCCUUCACUAUUGCCAUCUACCUGUGUGGAGGCAUGGAGCUGAUGAUGGUGGGACCAUACCUCGUCUGCCAGCUGAUUGGAGGAGUGCUUGGUGCCGCAAUGUCAAAGAUGAUGACCCCUGCAGAACGCUACCACAAUGCCACAGGAGCUGCAUUUGAUAUCCUCAAGUCCGAGAGCCAGCUGUCAGGGGCCAUCUUUGGGGAGGUGGCUAUGACCUGCCUGGUCACCAUGGUGGUGCUGCUGGUGGCAGUCAACGGCAAGACAAAAACCCCACUGGCUCCAUUCCUGGUCGGCUGCACUGUCAUCAUCAACAUCCUGGCAGGGGGGGACGUAUCAGGGACGUGUCUGAACCCUGCCAGGGCUUUCGGCCCCGCCGUGAUGACCAACUACUGGACCUACCACUGGGUCUACUGGGUGGGGCCCAUAGGAGGAGGCCUGGUGGCCGCUGCUCUGCUCAGGCUCAUUCUCGGUGAUGAGAAGUUACGGGUCGUUUUGAAAUCCUAACAGUUUCUGUUUAUUACCCUGGCGACCAUAAACCUGUAAACAAUGUCUGUCUCACCACUGUCUUUUUUUUUUGUUGGUCAAAAUAUCAUCUGGUGAAUUUGUAGUUUUCUUUUUUUCCAUUUCAAACUGUAUUUGACCACCGUGAUAAUUAUUCUGUGUGAAAUAAAAAAUAAAAAUAAAAAUAAAAACAGUA